AGGACCUUCUCAAGGCUGUGUACGACGAGCACAAUUCGUGGUGCCAGACGCACGGCCUGAGGUACCCGGGCUUCGUGGAGCCGCAGAUCAUCGAGAACCCCCCAGACCUGGGCCCCCUGGGCGUCUCCGUGCCGCCGCCCGCGGCGCCCGCACCGGCACCGGCGCUGCCGCCGGCGCCGCCGGCGCGGCUGGCGCCGCCGGCCCCGCCGGCGCCACCCGCGCCUGGCGCGCCGCCCGGGCACAGCGCGCCGGCGCCCGGGAUGCCACAGUUUGCCCCUCCGCAGAUGGCCCCGCCGCCGAUGGGGAUGCCGCAGGGACAUGGCGACUACUAUCGGCCCAUGACUGCGUACGGUAGCAAGGGCGCCCCCCAUGGCAAAGGGCCAUAUGGCUAGGGCGUCUAUGAGAGGUAUACAGCUUGAUUGAAAA